AUGCUUGACAGAAAUGCCUUGCUGUUCAUCGGCCUCCAGUUUGGCUCGCGCUUCGCCAACUCCUUCUUGGUAACAGCUGCAAGAUAUGAGCUGCUUGAAGCUGGAGGCAUUAUGCAGUUUGCUGGAGCUCAAGUUGCAACCAACGUCGCUCGCAUGAUUGUUUCGCAGAUCGCGGGCCUGCUGACGGACAACUUCGCCCUGAAGCGGAUGUAUGUCGCGUCCGAGGCCUGCAACCUUGUCUUGGCGCUGGCUAUGCUGGGGUGCGGUCAUCGCCAUGGCGGCAUGCUCUUUGUCCUGAACGUAGGCUUGGGCUUGUUGUUUGCCUUCUCCCAGCCCGUGACCAAGUCCAUGCCCCCUGCUGUGGCAGCCAGGGAGGACCUUGCCGUCAUCAACGGUUGGGACUUGACCUGUGACAAGGUUGGUCGCUAUUUAGCGCCCUUCGCCUAUGCAGUCGUUUCCUCCAGCCAUGGCUUCAACUUUGCCGUAGUUUUGAGCUGCUUUAUGUAUGCCAUCCUGGCGAUUCUUCGCACCCUGGUCCAAGUGACGGAGCCAACGGCCCGAAAGAGCUCCAAAGGUAGAGCGACCGUCCGUCAAAAGCUUGGUGGCCUUCUGCAACAGAUCCUGGAUGGCAUCAUGUCCUUGCGAAGGGAUGCCGUCCUCCGACUGCUGAUUCUCAACACUCUUGCCACAAAUGUUUUUCUGUACCCCUUGAACUCUGUGCACUUCCCGGUGCUCUUCAAGCAGGUGGCGGAGCGCGUUGAGCGGCCGGCCGCAGAGCUCACUGCAGUUGAUCACCUGCUGAACGGUGUGAUGCUCGCCUUAGACAUCAAGAAGAAGGACAUGUGGAGGAACUACAGCGCGCUGGUAUCCUUGGGCGGAGUCGCAGGACCAUUCCUGUCCAAUGCCUUGAUCUACAUGCUGGAGUCGCACUCUUCAACUCGCCUGGUAUGCCGGCUGUGGGUAGGUGUCAACUUCGGCAUUGUCGGGCAGAUUGUCACCAUGGCCUUGCUUGCUGUCAUUGUGAGUUUCAGUGAUGUGCUGGGCGCUGGCUGGCUGGUUUUCAACCUAGUUAGCGCGUGGAUUGUAACUAUCUCGGUGAACAAUAUUGUCACUACAUACUUCAACUCCAUCUCGCAAGAGCGGCUUCAGCACAACGAGCGGGGCCGUUUCAUUGCCAACAUUAUGACCAUUUUCACGCUGGGCAGCUCUGGCGGCACCCUGCUCUUCGGCUGGGUCUUGUCAGCCACGGGUGGUGUCUCUGGCUCUGUUAACCUGCUGAUCUGCGGCCUGGCAGUCAAAAUCGCUCUGUUGGUCAGAAGCUUGGAUGCGGAAGAGGACAAGCUUUUGUUGGACGAUGGCGAUGGGAGUGCCAAGCGACCUCGCGGCGGCUUCGCCACGGAGUCCUCCGCAACUGCGCUGGCACAGCGCCUCAAGUCGGACCCGGCGCUGCUGGGGGGCCAGUGCGACGACUUCGCUCGCGCGGCGAGUGGCAAGUGGGCGGAGCUGUGCGGGCUCGGUGACAAGGCCAAGGACGAGUUGUGGUACUGGGAGGGCUACCAGGCCUUAGCUGACGAGGAGCCCAAGCACCAGCUGUUGCGGCAGGUGAAGCAGGAUUUUGCGGAGAUGGAGGAGACGCUGCUGGAACUAGGCGCCUCGAAGGAGGAGGCGAAGAAGGCCUUGUGCCCGCAGGCGGUGGAGAGCCUCUGCGAGGUGCUGCUGCAGCUCUUGGAUCUGCGUCAAAGCCAAGAUGCGGCGGACGAUGCCAAGCGCUUCUUCGCUUUGCGCAUCGACAUCAACCAGGAGGGCUGCCUGAAGUUCCACGACGACCGCUGCUUCACGGAUCUGCGGCUCUGCUUGGCUCUGCAGGGCCCCGGGCCUGUGCUGGCGUUGCCGGAGAACGUGGACUGGCAGUUCUGGGAGUCCGAGAAAGGGCUCCUGAAUUCAGAGGAGGACAGCCUGGAGACGAUCCAAAACUGGAACAAGCGGGUCUGUCCCAGCGACAAAGAAACCGCAGUGCCACCAGGGAGCCUCCUGUUCCUUAGGGGCGGUGAGCAGGCGACGCCGGUGCUGCAGAGGUCGUCGGGCGCCGACGGCGUGCCCGCGAGGCUGUCCAUUACUCUGGACUACGUGACUCAAGAUGUGAAGGCGGCGGUGACGCGCAAGCGCAAAGCAGAUGAGGAGCCCCCCGAGCUGCAGACCCGCACCUACACGGCCCAGCGGGUGUUGGGGAAGGGAUCCUUUGGAGUGGUGUACCAGGCGCAGGUCCUGGAGACUGGCGAGACGGUUGCCAUCAAGUCCAUCAAAAUGCAGGAAAAAGACCGAGAGGUGCAAAUCCUGAAGGAGCUGGAUGGCCAUCCCAACAUUGUGUGCUUGCACGGCGCCUUCCUCAGCGACGAGGGCACAGCUGGACAGGGCACCAGGCUCAACCUGGUCCUAGAGUUCCUCUCUGACACUCUGCAUAGAGUCAUCAAGCACUACAACCAGCUGGGCAAAAAAAUGGAGGCGUUCUAUGCCAAGCUGUACCAGUUCCAGCUGAUGCGAGGCCUUGCGUUUGUCCACGGUCGUGGCAUUGUGCACUGCGACCUCAAGCCGCAGAAUUUGCUGCUGGACGGAAAGUCCCAGACCCUGAAGAUCUGCGACUUCGGCACCGCGAAGCGCAUGAUCUUCGGCGAGCCGCAGCGCACGUACAUGGUGUCGCGCUAUUACCGGGCGCCCGAGCUGAUCUUGGGAGCGACAAACUACACCACGGCCGUGGACUUGUGGUCUGCAGGUUGCGUCUUUGGAGAGCUGAUCCUGGGGCAGCCGCUCUUCACUGGGAAAGAUGGAAUCGACCAAUUGGUUCAAAUUGUUAAAGUUCUGGGGACGCCAUCCCCGACGCAAUUGCGUGCCAUGAAUCCGAACUACCCGGAUUACGAAUUCACGCCACAGAUCACACCCCACACAUGGGACAAGGUCCUGAGGGGCUGGGCACCGCCCCAUGCUUGUGACCUGAUUGGAUUGAUGCUGACGUACGAUCCAGCGGCCCGCUCACCGCCGUUACACAUCCUGCUGCACCCCUUCUUUUCUGAGCUGCGUUCUGCAGACAAGAAAGAGCAGUGCCGGAUGCUCUUCAACUUCCGGGAGGAUGAGCUCUGGUGGUUGACCGGCAAAGAGAAGCAGGCUCUCAUUCCAAGCUGGGCUUCCGACAAGCCUGCAGCUUGA